AUGUACGUAUCCUGCCGCGCAUGGCAGCAGAAGCAUCUGGAUGACAAGGACCUCGGGACAGCAACAAUCAAUAAGAUGGGAUUCCGCCCACACUCAAAUCCCCAUGGCACCCAAGGCCCAUCUUUUCUUAUUGCCUACCGGUAUUUUACUUGCUUACACUUCCUUCACACCUUUCCCCCAUCCGCAUCCGCUUCUCACAGACUGAACCAAGUCACCAAACCCCCUCCACUCGCCGCAUCCGGAUCGUCAAAAGGGGGCCCCUUCGUUGUCGGAGACUCUCGAAGCCUGGGAGUCCCUGACACGCCCUCCCACCUCUCCCUCGUCAAACCCUGCGUGCUCAUCUACCUUAACCUCGCUGGCAUGUGUCGCUGUCGCGCUCGCUCCGCCAAGUAA